UUGACAAUUCCCAAAUUCCUCACUGAAACAGUCAAGACAUCUCCAAUCAGAAACACCUCAACCUGUUGACCAUUUCCACUCGCGCGGUCUACCCUCAACCAUUUGACUCAACCCAACUCAAUCAAGCAAUCUCACUCAAGCCCUACCGCAUAGAUGAUCGACCAUCUACUUGGUCGGCCGUCUCCCUCUUGGAGAAGGACUCAGGUCAUUCUGGUCCUACUCUUCUGGGCAUGGAGACUGAGAUCAGGUGACCCUGGAGGACCGGCUGGAGUAAAACAGUUAAACAACAGAUUCAAAAGAUUCUCCCCAUGGCAAAUUUCUGUUACCCUGCUUACUUGCCUCUAUGGUAUACGUCAUUGGGAUACGCUGGUCGGCCUUGCUGCUCCAGAGCCUCUGGCAAGACUCUAUUCUCGGGGUUUCUAUCGUGCAACGUGGAUUAAUACCGCGCUUGACGCUGGUUUCGCGACUGCUGCUCCUAUCCCACUGAAAUGGCUUCGGGAUCUUCUCAGUGUUCUCUUUAGUGGUUAUUAUCUGAUAUACGCCAACGAAGCUGAUGAAAAGCUGCGGAGGUACCGUGCGGUACCCACGGUCGAAGUUUUAAGGAUCACUUGGGAGAAGACCACCAACCCAAUCAUUGAGUUCUUCACACGUUCACAUCGCCCCUCGAUACCGAUCAAACGCAAAUUCAUCUUCCCCAGACCUUCUGGUUCCAAGUAUACAAAACCGAUCACUUGCUGGCUGUACUCCUCUCGCCCUGAUCUCGAACUUGUUCGGACUAAGAACUUGAUUCUAGAUGUCCCUGGCGGCGGGUUCAUUGCGAUGAGCCCUUUUCAUCAUGAAGAAAGGAUCAUUCAAUGGACGAUCAAGACUGGUAUCCCCAUCCUGUCGAUCGACUAUUGCAAAGCGCCUGAAUAUCCAUUUCCUUAUGCUAUUCAUGAAUGCAUGGAUGUUUAUCGUAUAAUCCAGGAAUCGAAGGGGAGGGUCAUCGGCAUGGGCAGAGAUAUGGUGGACAUUGUACUUACGGGGGAUUCGGCGGGCGCCAAUUUGUCAGCUGCGAUGAUUAUAUCAAUUCUUGAAUCAAGUCCCGAUUCGCCUUUCCACUCACUUCCUCUACCAGUGGGUAUUCUUUGGCUAUAUGCUGCAUUGGAUUUUAAUUUCACGUCCUGGAUGUCACCGGAGAACCUAAGAAUUCUCAGAAGAGGCAACUCAUCGUCUAACUUACCCGAAGGCAUUCUAGAAGCCAAGAGCCAUCUAAAUCACAAGAGCCCUUUGAGUGUCGUCGACGACCGAGUUCAUCAUGACGGCGAACUGACUAGCCGAGGUAUGAAAAAGAAGUUCCGAAAAAGUAUCGCCAACUUGCCCAGUAUGGUAGCCACUUGGAAGCGAGCCUUGACACCCAAGGUCGAGCGAAGCCUUUCAGAUGUUGAAUUGAAAUUGACCGCUGCCGAGGCCUCAGAUGCUUUCGAUGGAAAUCCUAGUAGUAGUACGGCGCUGGGCGAAGAAUUAAAUUACAGUUCUCCGAGCGGGGACAAUGAAAAGUCGUUGGGAGAGAGGGUACUUUUCCACGAGGAAGAGUUUUCGAAAUUCGAAGCCUCAGUAGAUGUUGAGCAACAAACGCUCGAACUCACCGAUAGCAACGAAGCGGCCUUGCCACUUCCACAGACUCGGGCUCAAAGAAAGGCGUUUGGAACUCAUUUGACAAUGACCAGCAGAACUGGCUUCUUCAAUGAUAGAAUCAUCAGCCCCUCAAUGAUGCGAUGUAUGGCGAUUUGCUAUGUUGGACCUCGUAACGCACCUGAUCUUACAAAGGAUCACCAUAUUUCACCCAUCUUCACACCUUCCUCCAUUUUAGCUAGAUUCCCUCCAGUUUAUCUGGUGUGCGGUGAAAAAGACCCCUUUGUGGAUGACACCGUAAUCAUAGCUGGAAAAAUUAGAGAAGCCAAGCAACAACGCAAAAGGGAGGCUUUGGUAAAGCUUCAUAGAGGGAAUGUCGAUCCCGAUUGUACUCCCCCAAUGAAACUAGACCCGAUCUUGGACGAGGAAGAAUCAGAUUGGGUACAAAUGCGAAUUUUUGAAGGUUGGAGUCAUGGAUUCGCCCAGAUGCUAUCUCUGCUACCUGAAGUUAGCACAGCCUUUGAUUUAACUGCAGAUUUCAUGUUGUCUGCAUUUCAGAAACAUGAUGCUAGGAUGCAAGCGAAGCCCACGUCACUCCAAGUGCCCUCAACAAGUAUUGCGGCGCCAGUCCCCAAGCCCCAUCUGAAGCCUUCAUUCGACUCAAACGAUGAUGAGGCGUUAACGUUUACACCACGACUCAGGGCACGUGCUGAAUCCAGUUCACGGUCGGCCUCUCCCUCGCCCCGUUUGUUGAACAACAGGCCAACUAGGUCUUCCAGCGGUCUUGGGAGUGGACUUUCUAGCUCACCAACACAGCGCCCACUACUCCCAGCUUUGCGCAUAUCUCAGGGGCAAUCCCAAUCAUCUACUGAAAUCAACCUUGUGACUCCAACCUCUGCAAAAUCUCCGGCUAGGAUAGAAAGAAUAGCAACUCCGAAAGCCUUGGUCGAUUUCAAUGUGGCAUCGGCAGCUGCAAUCGUCACACCUCCCAUUCUACCCGCAACUCCUACAGCCAUUCUGUCCGGUAGGAAAGAAGGAAACGUUCUAGACGAUCAUCAUGAUUUGCUACAUCGCAGGCGUGAAGAAGCAGGCUAUGGCCUCCCGCCGAUGAAAACACCAGAAGAUCAUUUCAAACCACUCGAGUUAAGUAAUAAUUAUUCUCCGAGCGAAGGAAGACUCAAUGAAAAUGAGGCUGAAGGACAGUAUGUUGGAGAGAAAGACUUGCUUGAACGAAGGUUGAUCGAUGCAGCCUAUGGGAUCACUCAGAGCACUUCUCAAUCAAAUCCUUCUGGAUCUGUUAAAAGUGACCACUAGCUAUCCAAUCGAUUGAUUAAAAUUUAUUUAUUUAUUCUCCAGUGGGAACUUCUUAGGUAGACGCUUUAGCAGCAUUUUUUUAACAUUUUCUAUGAGCUUACUUUUUUAACAUCCAUAUAAACAUAUCAAUGUACGACUAAUAAAGGUUGGAACUCGCACUUUUUUGGAAAUUUAUGUACAGAUAUUUUCAUUCAAGAAGACACUUAGCAGAUCAUGAUUUAUUUUAUUUAUGAUCUAUUUGUACUCCUCUAUUUAUGUACAUCAGCUUUCUCUAAGAUAUUUGUUGUCCUUUUUUAUCUAUAAAUUAUGCAUGAUGUUGGCUGUCUUUGAGCAAAAAUAAAUUCUGCUAGGUUUUUAUCAUCCACAUACCCUAGUUGACAUGCUUUCUUGUUACCAUUAUGUAGGGAAAGGUGAGGUUGG